ACGAAGCCGGCAACAUCGAGUAUGCGUGUGUUUUCCAGUCCCCGGCGUUUUGCCUUUAAACAUAGAGUUGAUUGAGCGAUCGGUGAUCAUCCCCGGUGUGUCACGUGCGUCAUUUGUGUCAGCGACAUGAUUCGAAGCAGUUGAGGUUGCUCGCUUAUUGCUUAGGUGAUACUCUAUCCGCGCGUGACGACUUCAGUGGAGAUUCUUUUUCAAUUUCAACGACGAUGGUGUACCACUGGCAAAGUCAAAAUGUCAAAAUUUCCGGGGUGGACGAUAUGGUCCUUCUACCGAAGAUCAAUGAAGAUGCCAUCAUUGAGAACCUCAAGAAGAGAUACAUGGACGAUUAUAUAUUUACGUGUAUCGGACCCGUAUUGGUAUCGGUUAAUCCUUUCAAACAAAUGCCAUACUUCGGAGAGAAGGAAGUCGAAAUCUACCAAGGCGCGGCACCGUACGAGAAUCCACCGCAUAUCUAUGGACUGGCGGACGAGAUGUAUAGAAAUAUGCUGAUCGACAACGAAAGUCAAUGCGUUAUUAUUAGUGGUGAAUCGGGCGCUGGAAAAACGGUUGCGGCGAAAUACAUAAUGUCCUACGUGACGAGGGUGAGUGGCGGAGGCAAAAAGGUACAGAAAGUAAAGGACGUGAUCUUGGAGUCAAAUCCGCUUUUAGAAGCUUUCGGCAACGCGAAGACAGUGAGAAACAAUAACAGCAGUAGAUUUGGGAAAUACGUCGAGAUGCAGUUCGGGCCGGGCGGUCAGCCAAACGGUGGAAAAAUUUCGAAUUUUCUUUUGGAAAAAUCAAGAGUAACUUGCCAUAAUCCCGGCGAGCGGAACUUUCACAUAUUUUAUCAGUUAGCGACAGGCGCCAAUCAAGAAAUUAAAACUGAACUUGGAUUGACGGGUCUCGAUUACUAUCAAUAUUUGAGUUAUGGUGGUAGUUACAGAGUGGACGGGACAAACGAUGCGCGAGAUUUUCAGGAAACUCUUAAAGCGUUGAACGUUAUGGGAAUAAAAGACGCAGAAGUAAUGGAUAUAUUCAGAUUAGUAGCUGGAAUUCUUCACUUGGGAAAUGUACAGUUUGCUGAAGAUGGCAAUUAUUCCCAAAUAGCUGAUAAACAAUUUCUCGAGUUUCCAGCCUACCUCUUUAGAAUCUCGGCAGAACAACUGUCACACAAAUUGAUUUCUCGAGAAUUCGAGUCGAAAUGGGGAAGUCAAUCCGAAAGUGUAGACGUGACGUUGAAUGUAGAACAGGCGCUUUAUACGAGGGACGCUUUGGCAAAGGACAUCUACGCUAGGCUUUUUGACUACUUAGUUAAGAAAGUCAAUUCAGCUAUGGAAACAAACACGGACGGAUACGAGAUUGGAAUUUUGGACAUAUAUGGCUUCGAGAUCUUUGAGAAAAACGGCUUUGAGCAAUUUUGUAUAAAUUUUGUGAACGAAAAAUUACAGCAGAUUUUCAUUGAACUAACAUUAAAAGCAGAGCAGGAAGAAUACAUUUCCGAGAACAUCAGGUGGACGCCGAUAGAUUAUUUCAAUAACGCCAUUGUGGUGGAGCUUCUCGAAGGUAGAAAACCACCUGGUCUCUUCUUGGUCCUCGACGACGUGUGCGCGACGUUGCAUGGUGGCAGCACGGGUGCCGACGCUGACUUGAAAAAGAAACUGGCGAGAGCAGCUAAGCAACACGCCCAUUUCCAAGACAACAGUGAUGGUUUCGCAAUUCUCCAUUACGCCGGUGUAGUAUCCUACUCUGUCGAUGGGUUCUGUGAUAAGAAUCGGGACGUCCUUUUCUUGGACCUGAUCGAGCUAAUGCAGACUAGCACAAAUUCUUUAGUGCGCAAGCUCUAUCCGCAAGAAAAUACCGUAGGUAAAACGAAAACUCUUAAGUCCAGACCAACCACCGCAGGCAGUAAAAUCAGAAAUCAAGCCAGUCGCUUGGUUGGUCAGCUGAUAAAGUGCACGCCGCAUUACAUCCGGUGCAUCAAACCGAAUGAAACGAAGAAACCGCGCGAUUGGGAUCAUCUGAGAGUCAAGCAUCAGGUGGAGUAUUUAGGUCUGAAAGAAAAUAUUAGAGUGCGUAGAGCCGGCUUCGCUUAUAGAAGACCAUUCUCCAAAUUUCUACAUAGAUAUGCGAUUCUCACGAAAGAAACAUGGCCUCGUUGGCCCGGCGAUGAGAAACAAGGCAUCGAAUGGAUAUUGGGGAGGUUUCAUAUCGAUCGAUCGCAAUAUCAGCUCGGCAGAACCAAGCUCUUUAUUAAAGCGCCUGAAACUCUUUUCAUGCUGGAGGAAGCACGUGAGCGGAAUUACAAUAAGCAUGCGCAAGUUAUUCAGAAAGCAUUCAAGAAGUAUUUCGCCCAGAAGAUACAAGAGCAGCAGAUACAGGAAGCCGCUGAUCUUCUCUUCGGCCAUAAAGAGCGGAAACGCGAGACUUUGAACAGAAAUUUUUUCGGUGAUUAUAUAGGACUGGAAGACAAGCCGCAGAUGAUGAGUCUGAUUGGCAGACGGGAGAAAGUAUUUUUCGCCGAAGUCGUGAACAAGUACAAUAGAAGAUUCAAGACGUGCAGAGUAGAUCUCAUCCUUACCGGGAAAUGCAUCUAUUUGAUUGGUCGAGAGCAAAUAAAGAACGAUUCCAAGGACAAAUCCAUCGAAGUUAUUAAAAGGAAACUAUCAUUUAAUCAAAUCAGCUACGUAUCAUUAAGCACGCUAACAGACAAUUUCAUAAUAAUCCACGUAAAGGAAGACUACGCUAGCGUAUUAGAAUCAGUAUUCAAAACGGAAUUUUUGUAUACUCUUAGCAAAAAGUAUCUGGAAGAUACCGGUCAUCCUUUGAAUAUCGUAUUUAGCAACGACUUGCAGUUUAAAAUAAAGAAAGAAGGCUGGGGUGGAGGUGGAAUGAGAUAUAUAAAGUUUACGCAAACGGUUGAUAACGAUGAUGUUAUUCACAAUAAUACACAAAUUUUAAAACCGUUUAGUAAAAUACUCAAUGUCAGCAUCACUCCAGGUUUACCGAAUACAAUAAAACCUAAUCCGAUGGCGUAUCGACGGAAACCUCCUAUGUCUGUGGAUAACAUCUUGCCGCCGCAAGUGUGCGAUCUAAUAACUUCAGCCCUCUCAACUCAGAAUAAUCAGACGAUUAUGACCGGGACUUCUCCUCUUAGUCCGAUGGCAGCCGCAAGAUCUGUGAUAACUCCUUCAGCAGCAACUUCAAACAGUAGACCGAACAUUCCACCGAAUCGCCCAAAUGUACAACCUGCGCAGUUUAGAAAGGACAUGAAAAAUGGUAUGAACAAUGUGAACAAGUUGCGAGACAAACAGAUCGCCGUAAGAGGCAUGCUUAUCAAUAAUCCCAAUGCUGAACCGCGUGGUUUACUCAAAUUUCCUCCACCGCCCACGGAGCCACCGCCACCGAACGAGCCUAUGGGCUUCAGAUUACCACCUCUUAAUGGUGAAUAUAAUAGCAAGGUUUCUGGUCACCUCAAUAAAGAAAUGCAAACGUCCCAAGAAUGGAAUGUGAAGCGAAUGAACAACGCGCUUGAACGAGAGAAGAAGGAAGACAAUGCCGCGUAUGCAGUAGCCAACAAAAAAGUACCUCCUCAGAAACCUCGUCAGAAACCAGCACUUCCAAGUUUACCAAAAGUUAAAGCCUUAUACGACUAUGAGCCGAAGGAUCUGGAUGAGUUAGGGCUCAAGGAAGGCGACAUCGUGGAAGUACUCAAAGAACAUGAAGGCGGUUGGUGGCAUGGAAGAUUGAAAGGGAAGACCGGUCUUUUUCCCUCCAAUUAUGUAGAAAAGAUAUGAAUUCUGUAAUCGAGCCAUCAAAAAAUUUUAUCCUACGCAGAACAAGUCAUUAUGAUAUCAAAAUGAUGUCAAA